AUGUCAAAAACUAAUGGAGAUGGAAAAGAAUUGUUGGAAAUGAGUUAUGAAGAAGAAAAUAAAUUUGUUGAUGUUAUUACAGCUGACUAUGAAAUUAAAGGUAUAGCAUAUAAAAAAUUCAGAGAUGCUGAAAUAAAAUUUAGAGAAUUGGAAAGAAAAGUAAAUAUUAUGAAAGAACAAAGAGAAAUAGAGCAAACAAUAGGAAGUUAUUGCUCAUUAUGUUCUAACAAAUUUAGAAUAUUUGAUAGAAUUAAAAUUUGUGGUAUAUGUAAAUUUCAAGUAUGUAAAAAAUGUAUUGAUGAUAAAUGUAUUUGUGGAUAUUGCAGGACAAAGGAUAUUUUCUUACGUAAAAGAAAAGAAUUUCGAACACUUUGUCCAUACACAAAUACUCAAUUUGGAAUACAUAAAUUUUUUUGUAAAUUAGAGGUAUGGCGACAACGAGCAAAAUUAGAAUUUCAUGUGACACGGCUUCUUGGAGAUACUUUUGAAAAUUGUCCAAUAUUUGUUAAAAUUGAUGAUCCUCCUUUAAAUGAAUGUUUUAAAAGACUUCAAAAAGAAAUAUUAGAUUAUGCUUUUUCAAAUGAGUUAGGUUAUAUUAGUUCGGCGUAUCGUGAUUUUUAUCGUCAAUUAAAUCGUUUAUGGAAUAAUAUACCUGGGAGAAUGAAUACCAAAAAUAGAUUUAUUUUAAAUGUAGCUCCUGUUGUUAAAUUAAAUGAAGAAUCUCAUCCUGCUUCUAAAUAUUACUUAUCACUUGCUCAUGCUGUUGCAUACAAAUGUGAAGUUAUAUUAAGAGAAAAAAUUCAAAAAAUUGAGAUAGAAGAACAAAAAAAUUUAAAACUUCGACAUCUACCACAUGCUCAUAGUAUUCCAAGAUAUCCAGAACAUAAUUCAUAUAAAAAUUGUAAUCUUUACCAAACUACAAAUAGAUAUUUUAAAAAUUCUGAACAAUUUAAUACAUUAACAAAACCUCCAUUAUUAAAAAUUCCAUCAAAUAAAAUGAAUAUAAUAGAUUUGUCUUCAAGAAGUAACAAAAAAUCAAGAUCACAAAUUAUGAGGUAUGUUUCAGGUUAUGAUACAAAUCAAGAUAAUUUAUAUGAAACUGUAGAUGAAAAAAGGGAUAUUCAAGAUAAUGAUGAUAAUGAUUAUAUGUCCUUACCAUUAAAUGAUAAAAAUUAUAACACAAAUGAAGACAAUUUAAUUAAGAUAACAAUGGAUAGAAAAAAAAUAAAAAGUCAAAGUGGAAAAUUGGUUAUUGUGAGUUGUAAAAUUUAUUGUCCCAAAGAUACAAUAAUAAAAAAAGAUCAUAUCAUUUGGUUGUCGGCAAAUAAUAAAUUAAUUGAAAUAGGGGGAAAAAAUCAAUUUCAUAUGGAUGAUAAUUGUCUUCAAUCUAAUGGAUAUUAUAAUCUUGAGUUAUUAUUAUUUGAUUUAACUAAAUCAUUUAAUGGAUCAAUAGGAAUAUGUGCAUUGGUAAAUGAAAAAAUAUAUUUCAAUUAUUGCACUCUAAUUAUUGCAGAAGAAUCACUUGAAACAACAGAAGAUUGUAGUUUUCCAAAAGGUAUUCAAAUUGAAAAAAAAGAACAUGGAAAAAUUAUUGUUAAAGUGCAACCAAUAGGGUAUCCAACACCUUGGGUUGAAUUUACAAAAAAUAACAAAACUAUUCAAGAUGAUGGUAAUCAUAAAAUAACAACAAAAAAUGGAAUCUGGUAUUUAGAAAUUUCAAACAUGAUUCAAGCAACUUCUGUUAAUGGUCAAUUUUCUCGUUCAAAUUUACGUAAUAUCAGUACAACACUAUCGUCAUUUGAAAUUGUAGCUAUUGCUAGAAAUCGUUUUGGUAGUGCUACAAUAAAAGGAUCAUUAUUGGGAGAUGAAAAAAUAGAAAAUCAAAAAAAUAUUGUUGAAUAUGAACAACCUUCUGAAGGUUCUUUAAUAUCAAGCAACAAUACUAGUUAA